UUCCGAUUGUCCGUCUGGUUGCUCUUCCGGGGAACAAUGUUUACAAACGAGCUGAGGCAGAAUAUGAGUAUCUUAUGAGACUGGAUAAAACACGACAUGCUGUUCGUGAUAUAGGAUUUAUGCACCUUUAAGCAGCAGAUUUUCCAUCAUAAGAGCAGCUGCUGACAGUCCAGCCCUAAAUAAAAGGCAUGAAGAAGAAAAGCAGAAGCCCCAGAUCGAAAGAGUCGCCAUGGCUGCAGACGACGGGGGAAACAAACGAGAAGAAGAGGCCCACCGGCAGCAAAAGGAGACCCAGAAAAGGUCAAGCUGCCGCCGCAGACGGCUGUGACGGCGCAGAAACACAUCAAACCGCCAGCACAAAUUUCAGCGUGGCUGCUGACGAAGCACAGAAACAUGCAGAGAGCAUGUGCAGCUCUACAGGCAGACUGUCUGCUGCCGUCUGUCGACUCUGCCAUGGGAAGUUCUCCCCUCGCAGUCUGCGGAACGCCUUCAACAAGUUGCCUCAGGACUCCCCGGACACAGUUGGCGCUGCGACCCAGUCGCCCCUUCUGUUUCACUCAGACUUCCAGCGCUUGGUCGGGGUCCGCUUGGACCGGGACCCUCGGCUGUCGGAGUUUAUCUGUAAAAAAUGCCACGCCAAGUUCUACAAGUGCCACGGCAUCCUGAUCCGGUUCCUCCAGAGAGUAAACAUCCCACCAGUUGGAAAGGAGAAUCUAAAAAUCCAGAAGAAUGCAAAGUGUCCAGAGUCAACAAUGAACUACAGUUCCAAAACUCCAUCUUCCUUCACCUCAGACCCAAAGUGCCUCCACAGCCUGGUGUCCUGGGCGCACCACCACGGGGAAGCCUGCCGCUUCUGCCCCGACCUGAAGGAGGUGCUGGAGGGCCAGUGUUGGGGCUCUGUUAAGGCUGUGUGGGGCUGCGUGGACGGUCACAGAUACAUCAUGGACACUCGCUACACCCCUCCUCCAUGCUUAAGCCGCGCAGAGAGCCUCAAAGGUGGAGAUCUGGGGAGGGGCAUCGGUGAUGGAGAACUGUCGGGUGAGGAGCAGGAUGACGAGGAGGAAAAACAACCUCCUGGGAAUGGAAGGACGUCAUUGGAAGAUGUGAGCUCUCAGCGUCAGAGUGGUCUACCUGCAGCUGCAGUGCAGAUGCAGAACUCUGCUCCGGAUGAGUGGACUGGCAGCAGUGAAGACUGUGCGGGUCCAGAGGAGACCACGUCUCCAGCACCGGUCCAGCUGGAGGACCAAACUGCCGACAGUGAUCUGUCUGACCGGGUCGUCUCUGAGGAAGAGUGUGAAGAAGGCACAAAGGGAAGCCUGUCAGACGAGGAGAUGUUUGAACCGUACGCUGAAAAGAGAGCUCGCAGAGUAAACGGCCCCGACAAGAGGAGACAGAGCCUUAAAUCCACAGAGGAGCCCAAAGUCAGAAAGAAACCUGGACCCAAACCAGGCUGGAAGAACAAGUUCAAACCUAAAGGGGAGGAACUUCCAAACAUCUACAAGUGUCCGUAUCAAGGCUGUACUGCCGUCUACAGAGCACCAGAUGGACUUAAGAAGCACAUUAAAGAACAUCACGAGGACAUGAGGGAGAGACCCUGCCCCCAUCCCGGAUGCAACAAAGUGUUUAUGAUCGACCGCUACCUGCAGAGACACGUUAAACUCAUCCACACAGAGGAGAGGAACUACAUUUGUGAUCAAUGUGGUCAAACCUUCAAGCAGAGGAAGCACCUGUCAGUUCACCAGAUGAGGCAUUCAGGAGCAAAGCCACUUCAAUGUGAGGUGUGCGGUUUCCAGUGUCGCCAGCGAGCGUCUUUAAAAUACCACAUGACCAAGCACAAAGCUGAGGAGGACCUGGAGUUUCAGUGCCUGAUGUGCAGUAAACGCUUUGAGAAAGCGCACAACCUGAACGUGCACAUGUCCAUGGUUCACCCGCUGACUCAGGCCGACGGCCAGAGGGGGGGCGGCGGUCAGCCGCAGUAUGCAGACCUGCACACCAUCACUCUGAGCGGAGAGCUGGUUCAGCAAGACGGGGACAGAUGACAGCAGGGUGCCCGCCGCAGAGGUACAAAGGCUGCCAGCUUGCCGUGUGGCUCCACCCAGUUACAACAGAACAGUAAAGGUUCUUUCAUCUGUGACAUUAGCAUGUCAGGACCCCCAAACCGACUUUCAUUCCAGAUUUUAUCUGUUGGAAAUUUCCUGACCAUCAAAAACAACUCCUGAAGAAUCAUUUUGUUACCAGAGACCGAAGACACAUUUCAAAGAAGCUGAAGUUACAAAAGAUUCUAUGUUUGAAGACAUAUGAAAGAAGCACAACAAAAAAAUGACAAAGCAGGUAAAUCUGUCAUAGUUACUCUAAACUGGAAUCAUCAGCAUCAAAAUAAGGCCAAACACAAGUUAUAGGAUAUGAAACAACAUGUCCUUCAGGUUGCCCGACACAACAAACAGAAGACACAAAAGUCUUUCUGUCACCCCACCACCUAAAAUUGGAAUCACAUAAACAACUGCAGUCUGUCCACACUCUGCUAAAGCUUCAUACAACAUCUCAGAGCAAUAAAUAAAAUAGUUCAGCUAUGCUUCUGUUAUUUUGUUGGAGUUGUUUUUUGGUCCACUUUCACAUUUUUAAAUAUAGACUCUUGAGUUAUCAGUCAUGACUUCUCACGUCGCUGAUAGCUGGCAUGCACUUUCAUGUAAUAACAGCUGGAACUGAUGUAAUUCCUACAACUGUUGUUUUGUGUAAGGCAUUUGCUCAGAAUAUGCAGUUUUCAUUUGAAGAAUUCUCAGUUUUAAGUUAUUACUCUUUGAAAGAGUUUUAUUUUAUAAUCUAGCAAUGGAAGGGCUUCAAAUGUACAUGUGUGUGUAAACAAGUGUGCAUUGUGUAAAAAAAAAAAAGCAAAUAAAAUGUACAGGUUUUUUUAAA